AUGACAACUCCCAUUGAUAAAGUUUUGAAAGGCAUGGGCUACAAGCCCAUUGCCUCAAUCGGCGAGGGCAGUUUUUCCAAAGUCAAACUUGCCACCUCGCAGAAGCAUCAUCGUAAUGUGGCCAUCAAAAUCGUGGACCGCGAAAAGGCAGAGGAAGAUUUUGUACGAAAAUUUCUUCCACGGGAGCUGGAAAUUUUGAGACUAGUGACUCACGACCACAUCAUUCAAGUGUUUGAAUUCAUCGAGGUGGGCAGUAGGCGAAUGUGUAUCGUGAUGGAAGCUGCAGCUAAAGAUCUUCUUCAGAAGAUUCACGAAGUCAACCACAUCCCAAAAGACCAAACCAAAACUUUGUUCUCUCAGAUGGUCAGUGCAGUUAACUACCUGCACCAGAUAAACAUCGUCCAUCGAGAUCUAAAGUGCGAAAAUAUACUGCUAACAGCAAAUGACCAAGUGGUGAAGAUCACCGACUUUGGUUUCGGCCGUUUCGUAGAUGCCUCAGAGCACAGUCGCACCUUCUGCGGUUCUGCAGCCUACACGCCCCCUGAAGUCAUCCUGGGUAGACCAUAUGAUCCGAAGAAAUACGAUGUAUGGAGCCUUGGGGUGGUUUUGUACGUAAUGGUCACUGGAACUACACCAUAUGAUGAUAGAAACGUGAGACAGCUCGCACGUCUUCAACAAAAGGCUUUGGUUUAUCCUGACAAUGUUGAUGUUGAGGAAUCAUGCCGUACCUUCAUCGGGACUCUGCUCCAGUACGACCCUUCCGACCGUCGUACCAUCCAACAGUUGGCAGAAGAUCCGUGGCUGCAGGUGUCACAAGGCCAAGGCGCAAGCGCUGCUGAUUAA